AAAUCGAAUUUCCCACCUUUGAUACGCGAAGUCGACGACAGGCCCCAGCGUUUGGCACACAGCGUAUGCCAAAUCGAGAACGGGUAGCCAUUAUCGAUAGCGCACGGUGGUUCGUCACCACCUAUGUGUGUCCACGGCGAUGAUGACGAUGCAUGCGGUGCAAUCAGGCUAAUAAGAACGUGGCCCACGCGUACACAAGUGGACACAUAUGGGCCGGUGUGUUUAUUCAACCAGACACCCUGGCUAAGUGACAGAAUACACGUUGGUGCGCGAUUUUGGUUCACAGAGGAGGACUUGAUGCACGGGGGUGGUGCGGGUAUUGGCGGGGGUUCUAUGGUCGGACAGAACUCAAUAUUUGGGUGCUCGGCUGCAGGACACAGCGGGGUUAACCAGCUUGGCGGUGUUUACGUCAAUGGCCGACCAUUACCAGACUCUACAAGGCAGAAGAUCGUUGAACUGGCCCACAGUGGUGCUAGACCCUGCGACAUCUCGCGCAUACUGCAAGUCAGCAAUGGCUGCGUCUCCAAGAUACUAGGCAGGUACUACGAGACCGGUUCAAUUAAACCACGUGCAAUUGGCGGUAGCAAACCACGUGUGGCGACCACGCCGGUAGUGAACAAAAUCGCCGACUAUAAACGAGAGUGUCCAUCGAUUUUCGCUUGGGAGAUUCGCGAUCGACUUUUGCAAGAGGGCGUUUGCAACAACGACAACAUACCGAGCGUGAGUAUCCUCCGAUUCCAUCAUAUCUC